AUGAAGCUCUCCUUUUCCCUCCCCAAGACUGCAAAACCAGUCGGUGCAGCACCACCUCUCAAGAAACCGGCAGUGUUUGCAUCACUCGGUGAUGAUGACCCUGUGGAUGCUGCUCCAACUCUGUCCGACAAUAAGGGCACAGCGGCGAACAAAAAGCUAUUAGCUCAGAAUGUCGAAUCUUCGAAGGCCGCGAGGAAACGCAUGGAGCAAGAGAUGAAGGUUGAUGCUACGGUGUAUCAGUAUGAUGAAGUUUGGGAUAGGAUGCAGGAGGUCAAGCUCAAGCAGAAAGAGGCGAAAGAGGUUGACUCCAAACGACGAAAGGAGAAGAUGAUGCAACUAGAACGGGAAGCCGAAGGAGACGAAUUCGCUGACAAGGAAGCCUUCGUCACUCAGGCAUACAAGGACCAAAUGGCUGAGGUCCGGAGAGCAGAGGAGGAGGAACGACAGAGAGAAGAGGCUGAGAAAAGGAAACAGAAGGGAGCACCAACUGGCAUGGCCCAUUUUUACCGUAAACUCCUGGAAGACUCAGAGCAACAGCACGAAGAGGCAGUGGCAGCAACAGAGACUAAACGCGUCAUUGGCCCACGAGGGCCUGCUCCGAAUCUAACUAUCACCAAGCCUCCGGAACUGACACCAAAAUCGGACCUCGAGCUUGCGCAAAUAGCUAAAGAACAAGGCAAAGAUGUUGAGCUCAACGACGACAAUCAAAUUGUCGACAAGCGAGAAUUGCUUUCUGCAGGCUUGAACUUGUCUGCUCCCAACACCCGACGGCUUGGGCUCCAGAUCACAAAACAAACUGCCAGCACGAGUGAGGUACAAACCCACCAGGCAGUAGGAACAGCAGCAAGCCGGAGAGAAAUCAAUGAACGCCGCGCACGAGAAAUUAGGCAACAACUAGAAGAGGAGCGUGAACGGGUGUCAAAACAGAAAGAGACACAUGAGGAAGAGGCAAGAAGGCGAACAAUAUUAAAGCGGAACACACAAGAGGACGUGGAGAAUAUCCGUGCACGUUACCUAGAAAGGAAAAGACGGAAAUUGGAGGACGCAGUGGUAGCUAGCGGAAGUGACGAUCCGGUAUCAUAA